AGCGGUGGCUAGUUGGUAACGUCGGUACAACUUGCGGCAAAUUGUGACCGCUAGUGAUGUUAUUGUUAGAGAAGGUGUUUUAGAACGCGAUGCGUUUGCCAACACUUUCUGUUGUUCUUUCGGGAAUAUUUAUUGCAUAUAUUGGAUAUUCGUUUUGGACAUUGGCACAAUUGUUCGUGCCUCCUAAAUGUCAUGUAGGUGAGAAGUGCCUCACAUCAUUUUUGCACAAGAGGCCUAAUUUAGAGUUGGUGCUGUUUACUUCAGUGAAGCCAGUUCCUACACUAAACAAGGAAGUGGUUCUAGUUAGUGUCCAGCCAGAUUUUGAUUACAAUCAUCCUUCUUCAAAGACACUGACUGUUUCGAUUCCUCAUGCCACAAGACAAAAUGGGAGCCUGUAUCUACACCUGUUCACAUUACCCCGCCGAGAACAUCAACCAGAUGCUCAUAACUGGGACUUUUGGAAGCUGAGGCAGGACCCAGUGACGGUGUAUACAAGAAUCAGACUGACUCAGUAUCAUGUUCCUGAGGCAGCCACCUUCAGACUUCUAGAAGGAGGGGACCGCAAUGAACUGAAGAAAGACCAGUUAUCAACACAAGACAAGCCAGAUGAACGGUUGCAGCGGGUAACUCACCUCAAGUCCCGUGUUACAUUCAACAUUCUCACUGAUGAUAUCAGUCUGCCAACAAGUCACCUGCCACCUGAAAUUGCACGAUUACUCAUAGUGACUUCUAAGAUGGAGUAUCUCCCUGUGGUACAAUACAAUUUUCUCAAUAAUCGUCUUCGAGACCUGAUCCACGUUACAAGCAAUCAUACGUAUGAAGACAUAAUGCUUUUGUAUUCACCUAUAGGCAUUGGAAAACUCAGAUUAAUGCUUCAAGUUGAAACUGCACUGCAGUCGAUCCUCGCCCUGGGAUUUACUGAAAAGGAUGUGGAUGAGAUGAAGGGUAUUUUUGCUGAGACAAAUCUGUAUCUUUUGUGCGUCACUGUCUCUGUUGCAGCCCUGCAUCUCUUGUUUGAUUUCCUGGCCUUCAAGAAUGAUGUCAGCUUCUGGCGUCGCAGGCGGAACUUGGUGGGUCUGUCCAGCCGGACAGUAGUGUGGAGAGCUUUUAGUCAUGCUGUUGUGUUUCUGUACCUGAUGGAUGAGGAGACAUCACUAUUAGUUCUUGUGCCUACUGGCAUUGCCACUGUGAUAGAGUUCUGGAAAGCACAGAAGGUGAUACGAGUAAAGGUGUUACUGCCAAAUCAAGAGUGCUGUUAUCCACGGUUAAAGUUUGUAUCGAAGGGUUUGACAGCAGCAGAGCAGCAGACGCAGCAGUUUGAUGCAGAGAGCAUGAAGUACCUGUCAUAUGUCCUCUACCCUCUCUGCUUAGGUGGAGCAGCAUACUCUCUCCUCUAUGAACCACACAAGAGUUGGUACUCAUGGAGUGUUCACAGUUUGGUGAAUGGUGUGUAUGCCUUUGGAUUCUUGUUCAUGUUGCCUCAGUUGUUUGUCAACUACAAGCUGAAGUCAGUGGCUCAUUUGCCCUGGAAGGCCUUCAUGUAUAAGGCAUUCAAUACAUUUAUUGAUGAUCUCUUUGCCUUUAUCAUCACUAUGCCUACUGCUCACCGAGUAGCCUGUUUCCGUGAUGACAUAGUGUUUCUCAUCUAUUUGUACCAGAGGUGGCUGUAUCCAGUGGAUAAAUCACGAAUAGACAGUGUGGAUGAUACGCAUCAGCCAAGUCAGAAUAAGAAGAGUGACUGAUAGAGAUGAGAGCCAACAAUGCGAACAGCGAAAUGAAGCAUUUAAAUUAUUCUGCAAACAUUCCGCAUUAAAUAUUUUUAAAAGUUGUGAAUAUUGGUGCAAUAUAAGACUUACGGGCUGCAUGUGUGGGUUAUCAUUUUGUGUUGUAAAUUAAAACAGGCAAGUAACAUCUGCUACAAAUAUCCUGUUCUGCUUUUUUUGUUGUCAUUUAUAUUUUAUAUUGUUGAGGAAAAAGGCCUCCAAUCUCAUCUUCCUUCCUACACUCUUUUCCUUUUGAUUUGUUGUCUGCUAUUUCUUCUUGAUGUCUUGCGGUAUCUGGCAGAACCAUCAUGUUCUAGGUCAUCGUGUAGGUUUCCUUAAUUUUAAUUUUGAUCUCCUUGUUGGCAUCCUUGUUUUAUCCAUUCUUUUUUUACAUGCUACGUGUUUGUCCUUUAACAAAAUUUAAAUGCCAGUUUCUUAUAUAAAGAAUUCAUUUAUAGUUCUGUCCCUUCUUUUUCUCCUAAGUAUUUAUCAUACAGGGAAUAUUUUUAGUAACUAGAUACGUUCACGGCUCUGCACUUCACCAUUACCGGUGCAUCAUCGGCCAUGAAGCACACAUUAUUUUUGGUGAUGACUCAGCAUGCUUGACAGCCAAUAACAUUUGGAAUGAAGGAAAAUAAUUAACUUACAGACCCCUACACAGUGGGCAGUGCUGUUCAUUUAUGGGAGUUUGUUUAUGAUUUGUGAGCAGUCGGCAGUAGGUAUCAGCACCAUGAGCCAUUUGUUCCCAGUUAACAGUUAGUCAGCAGUCUGGCACCACUUAGUUCGCUGAAGUUUAGAACACCUACGUGAAAUAUGACUCUGCUGUAAAGUGUCAGUGAAAAUUUUGAUGUAAAUUUAGUGAGUCCCCAGUAGACAAACGAUUCACAAUUUGGUGAAUACAAUUAGAACAUCGGGACUCUUAAUAAACAAGAAAACAAAACAUAAGCAUUGAGCAUUUACUGAGGAGAAGUUAGAUGACACAGGGACCAGACUUGCAUGUAGACCUAGAAAACCACUCAAAUGUCUAGCUCAGGAGACUGGAGUGUCAACAUCUAGUGCAAGAAUGGCAACACAAUUGCUGAAACCAUCUGGUGAAAGUUGGUGUCUGGUGUGCCUAAGUGCAAGAAGGGUUGUUGUACAUGUUUUUUAAUGAAAUGAUUAAUUGUGAAAGAUAUUUAUUUGCAAAAGGAUAGCAUUUCCAACACUGUGAUCUGUGAACAAAGGCAAGAACUUCCCCUCAUUCCAAAUGUUAUCAGCAUGCUGAGUCAUCGGUAAAAUUCUCGUGCGCUUUGUGGCUGGUGGUGCGUCGGCUGCAAUGAAGCACAGAACCAUGAAGGCGUCAAACUCAUUAAAAAACACCCUGUAUAAUGAAUAUUAAGUUAUAUGGUACAACAUUGUUUAGUUCAUUAUGGGAACUAUUUUAUUUUCUCAAUAACAGCAAUGUUUUUUUUAUUUAUUUAUUUAUCUUGCAGUAAUAUAAUAUGCAUAUAGCUUGAAACAGUACUGUAUAUGAGGUGUAGCAAGGUAGAAAACCAGGCUUCAUGAGAUGGUCUUUCCCGUCUUUCUAAUGCAUUGUAACAUACUUUAUACCAACUUGCUGGUUGUGUCAUAUGACACUAUGCAUAAGAAGUCUUGAGUGAUCUCUUCUGCUAGAGUAGAACAGAAGUCUCAGUAGACUGUUCCAUCUCCUGAGUGCAAUGGGAAAUACGUGAACAGAAUAUGAGAGCAGUUUGAUAUAACAUGUUAUGUUUUGCUAUCAUUGAGGAAGUUAAGGCAGUCUUCAUAUUGUCAUGAUGUAAAUGUAUCUUGUGUCGCAACUAUGAUAUAUGAAGGCAGUAAGACAAUAUUCAUAUUAUGAUAGAAACAUUUGAUAUAAUAGCAGUGAAAUAAUGGAUAUUGAUGUUGAGGAUGAUGUGUAUGAUGAUGUGAAUAUGGGUAAAGUUUGUGGCCUUGAAUGGUUAUGUUUACUGUGAUUCUAAUAUGCAUAUAUUAUUUGAAUGAUGACUCACACAUGUUCAUAGACUCAAUGGUGGUUCAGGAGUGGAGGGGACUGAUUGUUGUGAGGAGGAACUACAAAUUUUUGUAUGUAAAGCAAAUUAUUUUAGUCCUCAUAUGUAUUUAUCAUAAGUAAACAAAUACACUUUGAAGCUUCAACAAGUGCUUGACCCCCACAUAAAUCACCAUUGCAUUAGCUAAAUUUAUAUAUUUUCCUCCACAUUUUUCUGCAGAUGUGGAUGUGAUUAUGACAACGCUUAUUGAUUAAUUUUGCACUGUUUGUUAACUUGUUUGCAACAUUUAGAUUUUAACUUGUUAUUUGGAUGGUAGAAACAAAUAUUGAUCAUGUAAUUGUUGGCAUUUGUCUAUGUAAACCGAUUUAAUGAACAGAUUGUUUAAAUAUGUUUCCAUCAAACAACAACUUUUAAUACAUCAGCAGAAUUCAACUGUAUGUGCUACAAGUCAAGCGAAUCACUUAUAUGAAGUUCCCCCCCCCC